UUCACCGUCUACUGCGAAUAAUCUGCGACACUAUACGGCCAGUCGGCCUCUCAAGACAAAUUUCAAUUAUUGAAAUUGACAAGAUUGUGUGUUUAGCUUACCUGUCAACGUCCUUCUUUUGACUGGUCCAAAACUCACAAAUUUUCUGAGUAGCGCUUAAAGCUUAAACUGUUCUUAUUGAAGGUAUCAUAAUGUCGUCGAGUAAUAAAUGUACCAACUGUGGAUCCUUGGACUUGGACACUGAUCCAGCACGAGGAGAUGUAGUCUGCACGAAUUGUGGUACUGUUUUGGAGCAUAGUGCCAUAGUAUCUGAGGUUCAAUUUGAAGAAAAUGCCCACGGUGGCUCAUCAGCAAUUGGUCAAUUUGUAUCAUCAGACUCCAAAGGGGGAGCACGAGGAUUUGGUCAAUCCUUUCACACUGGUCUUGGUAAGGAGUCUAGAGAAAUAACUCAGCAAAAUGCCAAAAAAGCAAUAACCAAUUUGGCUCACCAAUUACGAGGGCUAAACCAAUUAUGUGUUGAGACUGCCUUCAAUUUUUUUAAGAUGGCAUUGUCAAGGCAACUAACCAGAGGGCGAAGAAGCACGCAUGUAAUUGCUGCUUGUUUAUAUAUGACAUGUCGAAUAGAAGGAACAGCUCAUAUGUUAAUUGAUUUUAGUGAUGUUCUUCAAAUUGAUGUCUAUGAGCUGGGUCGGACCUACCUUCGUUUGUCUCAAGCUCUUAGCUUGGCCAUCCCAUCAAUGGAUCCCUGUCUGUACAUUCUUCGUUUUGCAAACAAGUUGGAUUUUGGGGACAAAACUCACGAGGUCUCCAUGACAGCACUACGCCUUCUACAGCGGAUGAAGAGAGAUUCAAUCCAUACUGGUCGAAGACCAUCAGGGUUGUGUGGGGCAGCCCUGUUGAUUGCUGCCAGGCUUCAUGAGUUCAACAGGACAGUUGAUGAUGUUAUAAAAAUUGUUAAGGUUCAUGAGUCAACAUUACGUAAAAGAUUGAUGGAAUUUGGUGAGACACCAUCUUCAGCCUUAACAUUGGAUGAAUUUAUGAAUGUAGAUCUUGAGGAGGAACAGGACCCACCUUCUUUCAAAGCUGCUCGGAAAAAGGAUAGAGAGCGUCUUCAGAAGUUAACUGAUGAGGCUGAUUUGGAUACACAUUUAAGUCAUCUUCAGCAUGAAAUAGAAAGACAGUUAGAAGAACGAAAAGCAAAAUCUAGGAGGCUUAAUCGUUCUACCCCUUCUCUUCUGCAAGAGACAACAGAAGACUCAUCUGGUCCCUCAGCUGAUCCUGAGACUGUUGAAGCAGAUCGGUUUGCUUCUCAGUCCACUUUGGGGGUAAUCAAAGAUUGCCUGUCAAAUGAAGCUACUCCAAGCAGUAGUGGUCACCAUGCAUCAUCUCAUUUAGGAUUAGGCCCAAGUAUUGCCAGCAUGGGAUUGCUUGAAGUCAGUCGACAUAAUGAUACAGAGGAAUCAGAGGAGGUUCAAACUGGAGAGAUAGACUUAGAUGAUAUUGAUGACGAUGAAAUUGAUUCUUAUAUUAUGUCUGAACAAGAAGCUUUGAAUAAAGAUUCUCUCUGGAUGAGAGUAAAUGCUGAUUAUUUAAAAGAGUUGAAAGAAAAAGAAGAAAAAGCUAAGCGGGAUCAGGAGGAGGGAAAACCUGAAAAGAAGAAACGCAAACCCUCAAAUAAAAAGAGAAAGGACGGCCAAGCAGGUUCAAGCAAUACAGCUGGAGAAGCUGUGCAGAAGAUGCUGCAAGAGAAAAAAAUGUCAUCAAAACUUAAUUAUGAUGUGCUGAAAAACCUGACUGUUGACUUGCAUUCUGAUCUUGUGCCUGUGACAAAUUCCUCUCCAAUUGUGAGCAAACGGGAAAGAACAAAUUCAACCUCAGAGAACCCAGAUGAGACUGACACUGUUGUAGAGCCUCCACCUAAGGUUAUCAAGAAAGAAAAAGCACCUAGAGUUGCCACUGUUCACAGAAGAGGGAAGAAGUUUGAAGCCAGUGGGCUGCCUCUAAUGCCUGCUCUACCUUUAACUCCUGUAAUUUCAGCUCCAGCCUUAGAAGCAGAUGAUGCUGAUGACUUUGAAGAUAUGGAAGUCGAAGAAGAACCAUCAUCCCAUGAGCAAUCUCUUUCACAAAUGCUCAGCCAACACCGGGGUGAUGAUGACUCUUAUGGAGAUGGCUAUGACUAUGAUGAGUAUUGAGGGAAAGUUUGUAAUUUCGAUUGGUGGAAACUUAGCUCAUCACCACUGACUCAAUCUUAGGGAGUGAGCUAUGGGCGUGUCACUGGCACUUACCCAUAAUUUCUUUGGGUAUGUGUAACUAUUAUUGUUGUUUGAUUUUUCUCCCUAUUUGUCUGACAUAGAAAUUUUUGUACAUCAGUAGUGUAUGAAUUUUUAGGAUAUCAACAGCCAAAUAACGUAAACCUAAUUAAUGUUUUCCUUCUCUGCACAAUUUGUGAUCUUUAGUUAGUGUUAUGAUUGUAAUCUAUUCUUUGAUACCUCUGUGAUACAAGUAAUAUUUAAGGCUAGUAUAGCAUGAACAUGACAGUAUGAGAAGAAACUUGAUUAAAAGUAUAACCCAACUUAGAGAAAGAAUCAUAAAGAUAAGUACUUGUAUGAGUUUGGAAGUCAAUGCAAACCAAUUUGCACUAGAUCAUGCUCAUUGACGAUGACAAUGUACAAAUUUUAAGUAUUGUCUUUUGGCUUUUGCUGCUAGUGUAUUGUAUGCUGACACAUAACUUUCUCCUACAGUUAAAGAUUAUUUUCAUAUGUACUCAGUAGUAUAUAUUUCUUAUAUGAACUAAAGUAACAAGAUAUUUCUGUUAUCAGCUGUUUGUUUUCCUGUUGCUUACUAUAGUAUUUUUCAGUAGUUCAUAUUAUUGUCAUUCCGUUCUUAUAGUGUUAAACAUGAUGUGUGUCUGUUCCCAAUUCUUUGAGUAGAUUUUGCUUGUGUAUUAUUUGUUUUUGAAUCGGUGUUUUUUUGUAGUUUUUUGAGUAUGCCCUGUUAAAACUUAAGUCAAAAAUUAUGUUAUUGUACCUUUAUGUGUCUUAUGCUGUUACACUCCUGUCUUUGAUCUCAAGAGAACUAUUCUGUCAUGAACACAAGCUACAGGUUUUGGAAAUGAGAAAUAUCUUAUUUGCCGUUGAUGUUUUUUAUAGCUAGACGAGAAAGAUUCUUUUUUAAGGAACUGUAUUUAUUCCAAAAUACUUUGUUAUCGAUUUUGUACUCCCCAGAAAGCUUUGGAUGCAUCAAUUAUUUAUCUGAGGGAAUAAACUUACGAACAAUUAA